AUGGCGGCACCCGUCGACCAACGUAUCGCAGUCCCCAUCGACGACCCCAACGCCGACACAGAAUGGAACGACAUUCUCCGAAAGCACGGCAUCAUUCCAGAGAAGCCGCCGUCGCCGACCCCGCUUAUCGAAGAAGCGAUUCUCGAAGCUCGUCGGCUCGCGCACGAGAACCGCCUUGAAGGGAAGGAUCUCUCGGACCUCUCCGACCUCGAAGACGAAGAAGACGAAGCAUUUCUCGAGCAAUACCGACAGAAGCGCAUGCAGGAGCUGUCCGCGCUGCAAAAGAAAUCCGUCCACGGCUCCAUCUACCCCAUCUCCAAGCCAGAAUACGCGCGCGAAGUGACCGAAGCGUCACAGAACGGGCCCGUGUUCGUCAACCUGACCUCUGCACAGGGUAGCAACGUCGAGUCGCGGGUCCUGUCCCAACUCUGGGGCCAGGCGGCCCAGGAGUACGGCGAGGUCAAAUUCUGCGAGAUGCGCGCGGACAAGGCCAUCGAGGGCUAUCCGGAGCGGAACUGCCCCACCAUCCUGGUCUACGACAAGGGAGAUAUUGUCAAGCAGAUUGUCACGCUCGCGACGGUGGGCGGGGUCCGGAUGAGCAUGCUUGAUCUCGACAUGAUAUUGGUCGAGGUGGGCGCGGUCAAGGAGAAUGACAUGCGCGUGCUGAAACGGAGGAGAGAGGCGGAGGACGCCGAAGAGGAAAAGGCUGCUGCCGGCAGUAAGGGGAUCAAGAGUCGCAGGGACGGAAUAAAACGCGGCGAUGACGAUGAUGACUGGGACUGA